AUGGCCCCGAAACGCAGCCGGAAAUCUGGAGUGUCUGCUCAAGCAUCUCGCCAGAUACUCAUCGCUGUUGACUUUGGCACCACCUUUUCUGGAGUUGCAUGGGCCCAAACUGCUCGUCCAGACGUUCAGACUGCAUUUAUUCAGUGGCCAGAUAGGGACGGUUCACUCGAGGGUCAAACCAGCGAGAAAGCGCCCACUCAAAUUUGCUAUGACGGUACUAAGUGUUGGUGGGGAUUUGGAAUUCCUGAGGGAAAGUCUCGUUACCAGUGGUUUAAGCUUGCUCUCGAUCCCAGCCAGAAGCAAAGUGAAGUGUCUCUCCUGGCCGUUGACCAUCCCGACCCCAAAGCUUUGUGCUCAAGAGACAACGAUGGGCAGACCGCGGUCAAAUUAGCGACAGAUUAUCUGGCGGAGCUUCAUCGUCACACAGAAAAGAUACUCAAACGGAAACUAGGGGACAGUAUCGUGGAUACCACCCCAAUUCGCUACGCCAUUACCGUGCCAGCCAUAUGGAGCGACGCUGCAAAGGCCAAAACACAACAGUGUGCCCAUGCCGCUGGGAUGGGGCAGGAUAUUCGAAUUGUUUCGGAGCCAGAAGCUGCGGUCAUAUAUGCUCUUGAUGCGAUGGAUCCAUAUACUCUUCAAGUGGGCGACAACUUCGUCCUAUGUGAUGCAGGAGGUGGCACGGUCGACCUAAUCACCUAUGCUAUCGAGUCGCUAAAGCCUACUGUCAAGGUCCGGGAGGCGGUGCCUGGCGGUGGAGGUGCCUGCGGAAGCACGUUCUUGAAUCGGAUUUUUCGGAAAUACCUCGAAGAAAAUCUCAGUGACUUAGAUGGUUUCGAUGAGGACACCUUGGAGGACGCCUUGAACGAAUUCGAGAACAUCACGAAGCGCAGGUUUACCGGCGAAGAGCAGAGCGUCAUACUACGUGUACCCGGCCUGACUGACGAUGUGGAGAAGGGAAUCAAGCGCCAAAAGUUCACAAUCAAGGCGACCGUCAUCAAAGAUCUCUUCAAGCCGGUCAUGACUGCCAUCACAACUCUUGUCAAAUCCCAACUACAACAGUCCAAGACUGCAAAGGCUGUCAUCCUCGUCGGAGGUUUCGGCCAGUCUCCUUAUCUUCGCAGCUGUAUUCAGCAGGUUGUGGGAGAGAAUAUCGAGAUCAUACAGCCUCCCUAUGGCUGGACUGCUGUCGUCCGCGGAGCGUUACUUGUCGCUUUGCAUGAUUCAGCACCCAGCGAAUCGAGAGUCAACAUCGCUUCGAGGCAAGCCCGCCGAGCAUAUGGAACAAAGGUGUCGGAGCGAUACGCCAAGCCCGAACACAUUAAUCGUCCAACAUAUUGGGACUCCUUUGAAGGACGUUACCGGGUCAAAACUAUGAGCUGGUUUGUGAAGAGAGGCGACGAGGUUGAUCAAGACAUCCCUCUUGAGACUUCCUUUCUCACGCGGCGACUGGUCUCGAAAGGACCAUUUCAAGUCCAACCUUUCCGCAUGUACAGUUUUCUUCCUAAAGAGGAAGAGGACGCUCCACGAUUUCCCUGUGAAGAAAUAAAGGAGUUUGUGACCCUGACCGCUGAUCUUUCGGCCAUUGAUCACAGCAAGAUUCCGAUCAAAUUUGGCAAAGAUUCGGAAUUACAUUAUGUACUGGAUUACAAAAUCAAGGUCGCGUUCUUCUCAGCACACAUGGAAUUUUCUCUGUGGUACAAGCGAAAGCAGUAUGGCAAGGUCGAGGCCGAGUUCCUCUGA